UUAAAACUCUGAAUUUGGAAAUAAAAUUUGUAUUGCUGAAAUUCUCAUAAAAUACGUAAAUAAUAAAAAGAAUUGAUUACAUCGUCCGCAAAUAAAACAUACUAUAGUGAAGAAACAGAACUAAAUGCCUGCAUUAACAGAUGAAGUACCUUUUCGUGAAAAUUCUAAGCAAAUUGGAGUAAAUAAAAGUUUGCUGUACAAUGGGAGUCGAUUUAAGGGAUUCCAAAAAAGUAAAGGAAAUAGUUACGAGGUAGAAGUGAUAUUACAACAUGUAGACGAAGAAAAUUGUUAUUUGUGUGGCUACUUGAAAAUUACCGGAUUGACAUUUGAGUUCCCAACAUUAACGACAUUUUUUGAUGCCGAAAUCAUAUCCAAAAGAUAUCCUUUUCUAACGAGGAAAUGGGAUGCGGACGAGGAUGUAGACAGAAAACAUUGGGGAAAGUUCACAGCUUUUUCAGAUUAUCAGAAAAAUUUCAACUCAGACGACUUUACUUAUGAUGCACUCGAAAAGUCAGAUUUUGUAUUUAUGCGAUGGAAGGAGCAUUUUCUGGUUCCAGAUCAUACAAUUCGUGACAUAAAUGGAGCAUCGUUUGCGGGCUUCUAUUAUAUUUGUUUUCAAAAGUCAAAAGCACUUAUGGAGGGCUAUUAUUAUCACAGAUCAUCAGAGUGGUUCCAGUCAUUGACUCUCGAGCAUCAACCCGACGAUUUUAUUCAAGUUUAUGAGUUCAGAUAAACUUCCUUCAACAUUAAAACAAAACUCUUUCACAAAACAGAAUGGCCAAAUUUUCAUUUAUUGGUCUAGUCUACAAAAAGUACAUACAUCUAUUGCACCUCUUUCACAUUGUUAUCAUCUUCUCCUAAUUCCUUGAUUUCUCUUCGUUUCAUUCAUUUCUAUGUAUGCAGUUUUUGUGUAUAAAACGACAUUUCAAAAAGGUGAAAUUAAAACAGUGAGAUGUGUAUCUUGUCAUUAAUUUUAUAAUGUACGAUAAAGGCAGACAGGAUGUGUGGGCUUGUUCAUUCAUUGAUUUAUUGUUGCAUAAUUGUCACCAAUACAGUUAUUUUGAUUAUUUUAAAGGAAAUAUUGAGCAUUAGAAAGUGACAUAGAUUAGAAUUGAAAUGUCUAUAGCAUUAACAAGCGCUUCCAAUGCAUCAGUGCCGUUAAAAUUAGCAAAAAAUGUCAGAUUGUGUUAGUGAAAAAUUCAAAUAAUUUUUAACUGUUAAAAAAUUAAAUCAAGUCUUAUGAACAACUCUACAUGUGCUUGUCAUAGAUGGAUAUAUGUUGAAUAUAAAGGAAGUUAAUGGAGGGAGUAGUGUUGGUUAAAAAUGUUAUACGAAACUAUUUUAUGAUUUUCAUCACACACUGUAUUCU